ACAAUGCUAAGAUACCUGUUACUGAUCGCUAUAUCGUCAGUGGCAUCAGAACCGUGUGCCUACGUGUACGACGGCCAAAACUACGAGAGGACCGCCAUUUUGACCAUAAAGGGCCUGCCCACCAACCUCGCCAUCAACCCAAAUAAUAAAGACAUAUUCUUCACUCUAAUUGACCUAGAUUCUCUCCACAAUGAUGAUGAGCAGACCAAAAUGGACCAGUACUUCCUAAGAAACGGAAUGCCCAUGAAAAUCGACAAUGUCCAUGGUCAAGCGGCAGCGGUCGACGCCAAAAACAACAAAGUUUAUAUAGCUAGCGAUGAUGGCUUGAAUGUACUGAACAAAACGGAUAAAGCACACUUCUUGAGUCUCAAAGACGAAGAUAUUGUCAUGCUGUACAAACCAGAGCACAAUGAUGAGCUAUACGCAGUCAUUUACCCUGACAAUGAGGUGUACAGUAUCAAUUUGAAGAAAAACGAGAAAAAAAAGAUUGACAAUAUACCCUGUGCCUUCAUUUUAGCUGUAGAUUCUGAUGAUAAUAUUUAUUACGAAUGUAAUGCUAAGUAUGUUAAGGUUCUGUUGAAAGAUUUUCAGGAGCCUAUUGAAUUCGCUGGUAUAGGAAGAAAUACAGCUAGAGCGAUGACGGUAGAUGGUAAUAACAGGGUAGUUUUGGCAGCAAAUGAUGGGCUAUACCAAUUGAGACCCGACUCGAUGAUUCCAAGGAAGCUGAUGAAUCUGGACUUUAUUCCAUCAGGAAUAACGUUUGAUGGGGACGACAUGUAUUUAGCAAGCAACGGGGUAAUCUAUAAGUACAGUGCGGAUGAGUGCGAAUAGGCGAAUAAAGACUGAUUUUAGAAACUAAU